AUGGUAGGUGCUAAUUUCAGUGUUUCCAAACGAAUGCUGAGGCUCCUUAUAAUGAUUAUAAGUCUUAUUGUCAUUUUAGUAGGGAUCGUUAAAUAUAAGGAUUCAUUAAUGAUCCAAGGUUCUAAUGUUUUACCUCAGUAUAUGCUUCCAGAUUCAAUGAGGGGCUCCACUUCUGAUCCUGCUAAUGGUUUGAAAGAUACUUCAAAGGAUACAGAAGAUGAAGAGGUUAAAGAUUUGGCCAAGUAUAAAACAUUAUUUGAUCAAUUGAAUACACCUUUAAUAAAGGAUUCUGAUAAAUUAAGCAAGGAGAAGCGUGAUGAAUUAAUUAAAGAAAGAGCCAAGUUAUAUAUCGAUACUUUAAAGAAACCAAUUAUUGAGCCAAAGGUUAAAAAUUUAGUUCGUGCUGAUGACCCUGAAGCUGGUACAGCAAAGGCUACUAUUCUAUCAUUAGUUAGAAAUGAAGAUAUUAAAGAUAUCAAAAGUGCAAUUUUACAAAUGGAAAAUACCUUUAAUAGAAAAUUUAACUAUCCAUACACAUUUUUAAAUGAUAAUGAAUUUACUGAAGAUUUUAAGAAUCAAAUCCGUGAAAUUUUACCAGAAGAUAGAAUUAUUCGAUUUGGCACCAUUGAUCCAGAAGUUUGGAAUAUGCCUGAAUCAAUCGACAGAGAAACGUAUGUCAAUGCCACCAGAAAACUAGGUUCUGAAGGUGUUGGUUAUGCUGACAGAGAAUCAUAUCAUAACAUGUGUAGAUUUUAUUCUAGAAGUUUCUACAAACAUCCAUUGUUAAAAGAUAUCAAAUACACUUGGAGAUUAGAACCUGGAAUUUCGUUACACUGUGAUAUCGAUUACGAUGUGUUUAAAUUUAUGGAAAAAAACAAUAAAUUAUAUGGUUAUACAAUUAACGUUUAUGAUAGUGCAGCCUCUGUUAGAACACUAUGGCCAAGAACAAUGAAAUUCUUAAAGAAACAUCCUGAAUUUAUCAAUCCAAAUGGUGCAUUCAAAAUGUUAAAAGAAAAUGGACAAAAACCUGAAAAUUUUGAUGUAGCUAACGGUUACUCAACUUGUCACUUUUGGACAAAUUUUGAAAUUACAGACUUAGAUUUCUUAAGAUCAGAACCAUAUCAAAAGUACAUGGAUUUCUUAGAAAGUCAAGAUGGUUUCUAUUAUGAAAGAUGGGGUGAUGCCCCGGUGAGAAGUGUCGCUCUUUCACUAUUUGCCGACAAGAAACAAAUACAUUGGUUUAGAGAUAUUGGGUAUUAUCACCAACCGUAUAUAAAUUGUCCAGGAUCUCCUGUAGGCAACAAUAGAUGCCACAACAAAUGUAGUCCCGGUAAAGUAACGCCAUGGUCGGAUCUUGAUAUCGAAAAUUGCCAAGCAGUCUGGAUUAAGUACAUCAUGACAGAAGAUGAAUUAAAUAUGUAUUGA